GGGAAGGAAAAGAUGGCUGUGUUGAGUCAUUCUUGACGAGUUCGGCACAGAGAUGGCACUCACAGGUGAAAGUUCAAGUUGUUCGGCCUCUUUUGGUGGCUGAUUGAUUCACUGAGCUGACCAAUGGAGAGCACGGCGGCGUCACCGCCCUGUGUGGGCGAGCAGGAGGCGCAGACAGUGCUGCAGGAGAUCUCUGCCGAGCCAUUGAUUGUCUGUGGGUCACUCCCGAGCGAACGAGAUGCGAAUUACCUCGUCCGAAAGAGGUCAGUCGUGAUGAGGGCCGCUGAGCGAUUGGCACACUGUCUUUGGCUGCCUGUUGGUGUGUGCAGCUCGGAAGCAGCGCCGUGCUACGUGCUGAAGAUCAGCAAUGAGAGCGACCAGCCGUCUUUGAUUGACUGCCAGAAUGAACUGAUGGUACUUACACGCACACACGCACAGCACACGGCUGUCUGUUUCUGGAUCAUUCAUGUGGCUGUGUGUCGUCGUCAGGCGCACCUCGCCCGCCAUGCAGGCCCAGGGCGAUUCACCGUGCCCACUCCCCUGCUGCUCAAGAACGGCUCCCACACCAUGCGGACAACAGGCGGCGGCCAUCUCUGCCGGCUGCUCACCUACCAGCAGGGCGUCCCUCUGGCGGAUUUCUCGCCACACGACGCCACCCUCCUCGGGCGAGUCGGUCGGGUGAUUGGGCAUGUGACGAGUGCGCUGUGCUGGUUUGUACAUAGCGGGGCGGAGAGGGCGAUCGUGUGGUCGAUGGAGCGGUGUGGAGAGGUCAUUGGGGCGCAUCUGGGGCACAUGAGCGGCAGCCAGGAGGGGGACACGGAGGUGAUAAAGAGAUGGCUGGAGAGGUAUACGAACGUCAUCGAGCCGAAGAUGAGAGACCUGCCAAGGGUCAGCCUGCACUGCACUAAUGCAUUUUAUCUGCCGCCGCAGCGAUUCAUCUUUGUUUUGCAGGGUGUGCUUCACGGCGACCUCAACGACCGCAAUAUCUUGGUCGACUACCGCUGGGAGGGCCGGGCGGGGGAGGGCACACACAGCGUGGCCGUCAUCGACUAUGGGGACGUCAGCUGCGGGCCCAGGGUGAGUGACAGACAGAUGCACACAGACGACAUGAAUGAAAGGACUGUCGUCGUUGUUUGCUUGCAGGUAUCUGACCUGGCCAUCGCGAUGUCCUAUGUGAUGUACCGGAAGGAGGAGCCACUCGCGUGUGUCAUGCCAUUUGUCGCAGGGUGGGUGGGUGAGGGGCCGAUCAACACGCAUAUUGACUUCGGCCAUGGAGGGAUGGAUGGAUGGAUGUGUUUUGUGUGUCAGGUAUCACAGCGUGCAUCCGCUGACUGAGGGCGAAGUGGACGUCCUCUUCGACCUCUCACUCAUGCGGCUCGCAACCACAGUCGUUAUGGCCGCACACCAUGUACGCCAACGAGGAUACACACACGCACAGAGAGGGGAGGGUAUCCACAAUGAGUAUGGUCUUUCAUGUUGCUGGCAGCGGUCGAUUAGGCCCGAGAAUGCUUAUCUGUCUGUUUCCGAGAGCGGGGCUCUGCGGCUCCUGCGUCUGCUCGACUCAACUGUCGAUGUCAACCACCUGCUGCCGCGAGCCAUCCUCCGACACACGUGCAAUAUGGUACGCGCCGUAUGCGACCACAAACACCACCACACAACGCCCUUCUCGGUCGGCCUUCAGGCGCCCAUCCCCUCUGCGCCGUCCCUGCACUCACUCGCGCCGCCCCACGUUGUGCGGCCCCCUUCAUGUCUGGCGGUCGUCGACCUCACCAGCAGCAGCCACCUGAUCGAGUGCGACGCCGAGAUGUUCGCUGUGAGGGGCGGCGUCGACUGGGAGAGGCGGCCUACUGACCUCGGGGCCAAGAUGGACCAGGAAAUGGUAAUGGGGGGUGGGCGGAUGGGAUGGGAUGAGAUGUCCUCAAUGUCCGCUGUGUGCAUCCGUUGAGUCAGGGCGUGGACCAGUGUGUGGCGAUGAGCGGCUACAUGGACGCCUGGCCCGUUCCUCUGUGCGGCAUCAACGGGCCCUCUCCCUCCCCCUCCCCCUCCCCUGGUCACCCCCGCGACCACCUUCUGCGCGACGGCUGCAUCCGCCCCUCUCUCGCCACCACACAAAUCGGACGCACCUUCUUCCUUCGCUCGCCGGCAGCCGAGCCAGUGGGGUUCGCUCGGCACCAACGCGGCAAAGGCGGCCAGUGGGAGGUGUUCUGUCCUCUCGAUGGGUGUGAGUUGCUGCACGUGGAUGCGGCGAGCAGGAGAGGGACGGGGCUGGUGGUGCUGCUGCAGCGGGUGUCCUCUCAGGUGCGGGAGGUGUCGAGCGCGUCCACUCUGACGGGCGGGGCCAACAGCAAUAGCAGCCCACCGGCUUCAGACUGCGAUGAGGACCCACCCCACCACCACCAGCAGCAGCAGCAGCAGGCGCCCACAACAGACGUGUAUUGGCUCAUUGCGGGGCUGCAUGGCCCCUCGCUAGACACGAGAAGGCAGGGCAGGGCUAUCAGCAAGGGAGACAUUAUCGGCCCUGUGGAUGUGGGCCAGUGGGGGUGUGCCGGGCUGGAGGGAGUGGCGACACUGCCGCCGAGGGUCCACGUGACGGCUGCCUUUGACCUAUGGGGCCACGAGGCCGACCCUGCGGCCUUUCCAACUCGCUGCACGCGGAGGCUCAAGGUCAGUACACACACACAAACCGCAAUUGUGGCCCGAGACACACACCAUCUCUCUCUCUGUGUGGUACUGCAGGAGGUGUAUGAGUGCUUGUGUCCGGACCCUGCCGUGCUUCUGGGUCUGCUUCCCUCCGCUGUGGGUGUGGGUGUAGAGGCCAAGAUGUCUUUGUGUGACGGCAUGGUGCACGUCGGUGCCCCCUCUGUGCUGGCCGGGGGCAAGAGGGACCCUGAAGAGCUGAAACGGGUGAAGAUCCUCUUGUAUGCGGGUGUCUUCACCCAGCGCGUGUGCGCCUGUGUGUGUUGUGCAGAUAAGGCGUGACGUUCUGGGCAGGAAUCUGUCGCUCAACUACAAGGCGGACCCUGUCAAGGUCGUCAGGUGAGCCAUUCGCCAUGGUGCAUAUGGACGGACGGAUGGAUGGAUGGAUUGAUGGAUGUGUGCAGGGGCAGCGGUCAGUACUUGUACGACGAGACGGGGCGGGCCUACCUUGACUGCGUCAACAACGUCACACACGUGGGACACGGCAACCCCAUUGUCGUCAGGUACAAGCUUCAGACACACACACACACGCAUCAAGCAACGACAUUUCCUCAAACAUGUGUGUGUGUGUGUGUGUGUGUGCAGGGCGCUGCAGCAGCAGAUGGAGGUGCUCAACACCAACUGCCGCUACCUCCAUGACGCACUGGUCGAGUACGCCGCACAGCUCCUGGCCCUAUUCCCUGACCCUCUCAGGUAGACAGACACCCACACGCGCACACAGACAGACAAACGCAUGGUAUGGAUGGAAAUCGGUGUCUCUGUGCAAUCUAUGCGUUCAGAGUGGUGUAUUUGGUCAACACGGGCACCGAGGCGAACGAGCUGGCCCUGCGGCUGGCACAGACACACACCAAGCGGAGAGACGUUCUCAUUGUCGACCACGCAUACCACGGUAGAACAUCCAUCCAUCCAUCCAUCUGUGUGUGUGUAUAUGCCUGUGUCUUGCAGGCAACUCGAGCGGUCUGAUCGGCAUGUCGCCGUACAAGUGUGACGGCAAGGGCGGCAGCGGCGUGCACGACUGGGUCCACAGGGUCCCCAUACCCGACAGAUACAGAGGACCCGCCACAUACGACGACCCACAGGCAACCACAACCACACCCACACCCACACAAUCCUCUGUCUCUGUGCAUCCCUCUCUCUCCCUCUCCCUCCCUCUCCCUGUUUGUGUGUGUGCUGCAGGCCGGUGACUAUUAUGCGUCCCACGUCGAGCGCGUCAUCCGCGAGUCCAAACGUCCCAUCGCCGCUUUCUUCGCCGAGUCGGUGCUCUCGUGCGGGGGGCAGGUGUUCCACCCGCCCGACUACCUCUCGGCCGUAUACGCCAUUGUGCGUGCGCAUGGGGGCGUGUGCGUGGCCGACGAAGUGCAGACGGGCUUUGGGCGGGUUGGGGGGGACAAGUGGUACGCAUGGAUGGAUGUGCACACAGAGAGAAAGGACUCAUGGAUGUGUGUGUGUGUGUGUGCAGGUGGGCGUAUGAGUCGAGUGGCGUCAUGCCUGACAUAGUGGCGAUGGCCAAGCCCAUCGGCAAUGGACACCCGCUCGCGGCAGUCGUCACAACCACCGAGGUGGGUGGCAUGCUCACUCCCUCUCACUCACUAACAAGCAGCCGCACGCACACCGACGAGCAUCACUUGCGUAUGUGCACGAUCCGUGCAGAUCGCUGCGUCGUUUGACAACGGCAUGGGCUGGUUCAACACGGUACGUGCAGGCACAAAUCAUACCCGCAUUCAUUUUCGCCACUCGCGCGUGUGAGUGGAUCUGACCGGUGUGAUGCUGUGAUGCAUCCAGUAUGGCGGCAAUCCCGUCUCGUGUAUCGUCGGCUUGUCCGUGCUCAAGGCCAUCAACGAGGUGCGCAAAAGUGCACGAAUCCUACAUGCACACACACACACACACACACUCGCAUCUCUACUUGUGUGUCAUCCACACACGCAGCUUGGUCUCCGCGAGAACGCCCACGUGAGCGGCAGGAGCCUGCUCGACGGGCUGAAGACCCUCAUCGAGACGAGCGACUGUGUGGGGGACGUGCGGGUACGCCACUCAGCACUUGACACUGGAUGCCAUCUGAAUGCGUGUGUGCAUGCGGCUAUAGGGUGAGGGCCUGAUGGCGGGCAUCGAGAUGGUCGAGUGCAAGCGGACCAAAGCGCCAGCGCCGGCAAAGGUGGGUCCUGAUGGAUACGGCAGGCAAUGUGUCGAUGUGUGUGUGUGCGUAUGGUCCACGCAGGCCAACUACGUCAUUAACCGGAUGAGGCAGCUGGGCUUUUUGCUCAGCACAGAUGGGCCCUUCGACAACGUCGUCAAAGUCAAGCCGCCCAUGCUCUUCUCGGUACACAACUGCAGCCGCACACACACGCAUGUGCCAUCGCGUCAUCGGAAACAGGUUGCCGACGGCCGUGCCUUGGUGGAUGCCCUGAGAGUGGUGCUCAAGGAGACGCCCAUGACCGUCAAGACACCAAUGCGGCUGCCAAUUGUGUCAAGACAAACAGCCAGAGAUGCAGCUGGUCAGCCAGCACAAGCGCACCAAUCCCUCCCCACACCCACUGCACUCCUCCACACACCACCUCAUCUUAUCUUCAGGCCCCCAUCGGCAGCUUCCCUCUUUCUGGGACGAUUGCCGCCAGCCCACUCCCCUCCGCACACAGUUCGACCGUCACGAGUUCGACGCCCAUGUGCCUGCGAAACGGCCUGGUUACGGCCACAAGGCCCGGCGGCUGAUGGUGGCCCUCAGCACGUGUGGCGCGAUGGUGUUGGCUGUGCUGCUCGCAUGGGCCAGGCGAGAGGGAUGAUGGGGUGGGUGCGAUGGGCACAAUGUGUCCGUACCUGCGGGGAUGCUGUGUGUGUGCUCAAGGCGCACAUGCACGAGGCAGUCAGUGUUGAUGCAGACCCGUCCGCAACAGCGUGGGUGUGGGUAAAAGAGGGAGGGAGGGGUUUUUGCCUGUUUGUUCUUUUUUCUUCUGACGCCAGCCACUUUUUGCUGCCUGGUAUUUUGGGUGGGGCAGUCGGUGUGUCGGUCGGUGAUGGUAUUUUUCUCCUUUUGUUUGCUCUUCCUGCCUGCCUGGGGAAUGGGCGGUGAGUUUCAUCCACGUCAUGUCAACGCCCUCGACGCGACUGGACAGUCACAGAUCGAAGUCCACCCUGCUGAUUGAAGACGGGACACAGUCGAUGUCCGAUCCAUGUGAAAUUAUCCAUCUGUUUGCUG